UUUAAGAAUUAUCUACAAUAAAAUUAAUAAAAAAAACACAGUUUGGGGGAGACCAGAGGAGCCUUUUCUCUUCCCCCAACUGGCAGUUUAUCAAGGGCUAAUUCAGAUUUCAGAUCUGAUGAACUAUUUUUAUUGGUAGAUUAAGAGUUUCGAGCAAUUGGAUUGGUUUUGAGAUAAGUGUUUGUUUGGAUUGAAAAGAAAAAAUGGGGGUAAUGUCAAGACGGGUUGUCCCCGUCUGCGGUAACCUCUGUUUCUUCUGUCCUUCGAUGCGUGCAAGGUCAAGACAGCCUGUUAAAAGAUACAAGAAGUUACUAGCUGACAUUUUCCCCCGUAAUCAGGAUGCUGAACCGAAUGAUAGGAAAAUUGGGAAGCUCUGUGAAUAUGCCUCGAGGAACCCGUUACGAAUACCAAAGAUUACAAGUAACCUAGAGCAAAGAUGUUUCAAGGAUAUACGGAAUGAGAACGUUGCAUGUGUGAAAGUUGUAUUGUGCAUUUAUAGGAAACUGCUAUCGUCAUGUAAGGAGCAAAUGCCACUCUUUGCUAGUAGUUUAUUAGGGAUCAUUCGGACUCUUUUGGAACAAACCCGACAGGAUGAAUUGCGAAUUAUGGGUUGCAUUGCUCUUGUAGAGUUCAUAAAUAGUCAGAUGGAUGGUACACACAUGUUCCACUUAGAGGGCCUUAUUCCUAAACUUUGUCAACUGGCUCAAGAAGAUGGAGAUGAUGACAGAGCUUUGCGUUUACGUUCAGCAGGGUUGCAAGUGCUGGCUUCCAUGGUCUGCUUCAUGGGUGAGCACUCUCAUAUAUCAAUGGACUUUGAUAGUAUCAUAUCAGUGACCUUGGAGAACUACACCGAUAUCCAAAUGACCCCUGUCAGUGGCAGUAAAGUAAAUGAAAAUGGUAUCUCCUUCCCAGAUAUCAUUGAGAAGGAUUCAUCUGUACCAAAUCUUGUGAUUAACUCUGCCUUUGAUCCAACCAUGGAUACUUCCAAGAGUCCCUCUUACUGGUCGAGAGUUAUCUUACGUAAUAUUGCCAGAUUGGCAAAAGAAGCAACAACUAUCCGGCGUGUUCUUGAACCUCUUUUUCAUAAUUUUGAUGCUGAAAAUCACUGGUCCCGAGAGAAGGGAGUCGCUUUGUCAGUUCUAAUGUAUUUGCAGUCGCUAAUGGAAGAAACAGGAGAGGAGUCCCACCUUUUAUUGGCUAUCUUGGUGAAGCACAUGGAGCAUAAGAAUGUAGCUAAGCAACCUCAUAUACAAGUUAACAUUAUCGAUGUCAUUACUCAACUUGCACAAAAUGCAAAGCCUCAGCCGUCAGUAGCAAUCAUCGGUACUAUAACUGACUUGAUGAAGUAUCUACGAAAAUGCCUUCAAAAUUCAACUGAAAUAUCAAGUUCUGGGGGUGAUAUUGAUAAAUAUAACACUGAUCUUCAGUUGGGAUUAGAAAAGUGUAUCUCACAGCUAUCAAAUAAGGUUGGGGAUGUGGGACCAAUUCUUGAUAUGAUGGCUGUUGUACUAGAGAAUAUUUCAACCAACAGUAUUGUUGCCCGAACAACUGUCUAUGCUGUUUAUCUAACUGCAGACAUUAUCUCAUCUAUCCCAAACAUAUCAUAUCACAAGAAGGCCUUCCCUGAUGCUCUAUUUCACCAGUUGCUCCUCGCAAUGGCCCACCCAGACCAUGAAACUCGAGUUGGAGCACAUAACAUUUUCUCCACUGUGCUUAUGCCGUCCUUGCUUUCACCUACGUCAGAUCAAAAUAAAAACACUUCUGAAGAUGUUUGUUCUGACUUAUCAUUAGUGGCAUCCAAGAAGGUAAGGAGUCACAGCUUUGCUUUUCAGGAUGAAGGUAAAGACCAAGCAGAACUCGUUGAUGGAAGACUAAAAGAAAAUGUAAAUCAAGCAUCAGAUAUGGCUGUUAAAAAAUCAAUAAUGUGUCAGUCCCAUGGACACUCAUAUAGCUUCAAGCAUGGUCUGGGUGAUGGAAAAAUGCAGCUCACUUCCCUUCGAUUAAGUAGCCAUCAAGUGAGUCUUCUGCUUUCAUCCAUAUGGGUCCAAGCAAAUUCUGCUGAAAAUACCCCUGCAAAUUUUGAUGCUAUGGCCCAUUCCUAUAGCAUUGCAGUAUUGUUUACCCGAUCCAAGACCUCCAGUCACAUGGCCCUAGUUCGGAGUUUUCAGCUGGCAUUCUCCCUUAGGAGUAUCUCUCUGGAUCAAGAAGGAGGUUUGCAACCAUCUCGCAGAAGGUCUCUCUUUACCUUGGCAUCCUACAUGCUUAUUUUCUCAUCAAGGGCAGGCAAUCUUCCAGAGUUAAUUCCUCUUGUUAAAGCAUCUCUAACAGAUAAAACAGUUGAUCCUUAUCUCAAAUUAGUUGAAGAUAUCGGACUUCAGGCUGUUUGCAUGAAAUCUGAUGUGGACAGCAUAGCAUAUGGAUCAAAGGAAGAUGAUGUUGCUGCAUUGGAAUCCCUCUUGGCAAUAGAGCUAGAUGAUCUUCAUUUGAAGGAGACUGUCAUAUCCCAUUUCAUGACUAAAUUUGAGAAAUUGUCGGAGGAUGAAUUAUCAAGUAUAAAGAAACAACUUCUUGAGGGCUUUUCACCAGAUGACGUAUAUCCAUUAGGUGCUCCAUUGUUUAUGGAGACACCAAGACCAUGUUCUCCUCUUGCACUGAUGGAGUUUCAAGCAUUUGAAGAGAUUAUGCCUCUGGCUGCAAUAACAGAUGAAGAAGAAGCCUUCCCUGAAGCCAAUGGAAGUCAGUCAGAUCGCAAAACAUCAUUAUCCAUCAGUACACUAGAUGUCUUAAGUGUGAAUGAGCUAUUGGAUUCAGUUCUGGAAACAGCCCGGCAAGUUGCAAGCUUUUCAGUUUCCCCUACGCCCAUUCCUUAUGACGAAAUGAAAAGUCAGUGUGAAGCUCUUGUAAUGGGUAAACAUCAGAAGAUGUCAGUGCUUCAUAGCUUCAAGCAUCAACAGGAAACCAAGGCAACCUUCGAGCAAACUGAAAAGGAAGUCCUCUAUUUACCAAGUGUGAAAAUGGAGUUUUCGGAAGAUCUGAAGUUGAUUAGCAAGGAGCAAGUUCAUGUAAGGGGACAGCUUGCCCUGUGUUCACAAGAAUAUGGGCAGCGUUCCUUCCGAUUGCCACCAUCAAGCCCUUACGACAAAUUCUUGAAAGCAGCUGGAUGCUAAAGAGACUAUUGUGAAUUCUAUUCAUUUUUUUGUUGCCAUGGAAGCUCAUUCUAUGCAUUUCUACCCAUCUCACCAGAAUGAAAGAACUGAUUAAGGAAGAGGUAGAAUGGACAUGAUACAGUAUUGUUUGAACAAAGUUGUUUGUUUCUUUUGUAAUGUUUAUAGCACUCCAGCAUCUUGUACAAGAGAGCAUUGUAGGACUCUGAUAAUUCUUUGUAUGAUAUUUCUAUGAUAAUGUAAUUUUUUAUCC